AUGGCUUUCGGUCGUGGUCAUGCUUCAUUUACAAUUGAUACAUUAAAAUUAGCAAAAGAUAGUUUACCAGCUGCAGUUACUGAACCACCACCAGUAUUUCCUGAAUUACUCAAUACUCCACAUCCAUUAGUUGAAAAUCCAAUAAAUGAUUAUGAUUAUAAAUUAAAACUUAAAUUAAAUUUUAAUUCAAGUUUUCGUACAUUACAUGAUCCAUUAAAAGAAGAACAUGAAAAAAAUUUUAUUUUAAAUAAAUGGAAAGAAGAAUGGUUACUAUUACCUCGUGAAUUAAAACAAGCAUCUCGAAUGAAUAGAAAUUCAUCAAGAAUUAAACCAAAUUUAGCAAAGAAAAAAAUUUUACCAGUUAAUAAAAAGAAGAAAACAACAUUUAAUAUUGAUCUUAAUACUUAUGAAGAAAAACAAGAUGGUGAGGAAGAUGAUGAACAAGAUGAAGAAAAAGUCGACGAAAAUGCUGAUAUUAAUGAAAAUGAUGUUGAUGAUGAAGGAAAACCGAAAGUUACAGAAAAAAAGAAAUUAACAGAUAAUGAAAAUGAAGUUGAUGGUGAUAUUAUAGAAGAAGACGAAGAAGAUAUGGAUGAAGAUGAAGCAGCUGAUUAUAUUGAGUCCUAUUUUGAUCCUGGUGAUCGAGAGGAUGAUGAUUUAGACGAUGAUGGUGGUGAUGGUGGAGAUUAA